GAAGUGGAUCCUCAGUACUGUUCGUUGCUUGGCCGUGCCGGACUUUGCAUUCAAGUCCGACUAGUCCCAUGUGUUCUCAAACAUGUUAUUCGAUGUGUUGCCAGCUUUCCGGUCAGACCCGCGAUACCUCAUGGAACAUUCGAUGUGGGACGGGACGCCAGCUUUCCGAGUGAAGGCCAACCGACUGAUCCAAUCACCAAUGGUCGCCAGCCUGAAGAGAUUUGAACAGGAAUACCGAAUGGAUGGCGAUUGCAGAGAUCGAGCAGCGGGAGCAGUUUGAGAAGGACAUUCUAGAUGACAAGCCAGCCAGCAGGAUGUUGGCAGCUGUUGACAAGGCGCAAGUGCCGGAGCCUUUGGCGAGCUUUACGCUCCCCAACAGCGUCAUCGUGGGGAGCAUGAAGGUGCUUUUCGAGCCUGCAGGGCAACAGAUUUGCAUCCUUCCACGAGAGGUGGUCGAGGCGACGCUGGUGGUGUAUUUGAAGGAAGUGGGAUCUACCAAGGAGGGAGAGGCCAUCAUUCAGCAAUGCCUUGGAGUCAUCCGAAAGCUCAUUGGAGCAGGGGACGAGGUGCGGUGCCUCCGGUCGGUGGACCUGGUCUCCAUGGAUGACCGGGAGGAGGUCUCCACGACCACCACCCUGCAGCUGCCCAUCGCCCUUUAUGUCCGUCGCAUCCACCGUGGAUUGGAGGUGGCCGAAGCCAUUUGCCGGCGGGGGCGUGUGGGCUCGGACUUGUGGCAGUCCGUUUGGUCGCUGCCCACGACCAAAUUGGGACCCUUGGAUCUCUGCACCAGGCCUGAUGCCGUGUCCGAAGAUUGCUCCAUGCAGCUGAAGAGGGAAGAGGCCGAUGACGUGUCCUCGAAACUGAGCAACGAGUUGGCCGACUCGCUGCUGAACAUCGCCAUGGACCAAGCGCAAGGGUGGAAGCUGAAUCCUCGGCAGUUGGCAGACUUUACCAGGUCAGUGCGUGCACGGAUCUUCCGAACGGUCCAUUUGGAGUUCCACUGGGCGUAUCCCAAGGGCAUUUUUGACUCCUUGGAUGCCAGCUGCAUCAUUUGCAACGAGGAUCAGGUGCUGGAGAUUAUUGAUGCACAUGGCUGCCAUGCUGUGAAGUAUUCUGCCCCAGGCUUGGGGCCUUACAGCCCAAGACCCGGUUCCCAGAGCAAGAGUGGCGGACGCCACGGCGACCGAGCGGAAGGCUCCAAGGCCAUGAUUACUCCGGUCUUUUGCCACGAGGACACCAACGACCCCACCUCCCGAAGAGGCAAGCAAGUGGUGGAGAUCCGAGUGGAUUUGCUGCCGCCCAGCGUCACUGACCUCCUUUUUGUCAUCUCCCCGACCAACUCCCGAGACUUGUCCAAGUUCACCUCCUUGCGCUGUGUGGUGGUGGACGCGGAGUCAGAGGGCAACGAAAUCUUGGCUGACAACGAAGUGGGCUAUCACCCCAAGUUUGGCGAUGAGAGUGCCACGUUGGUCAGCAUUUAUCGUUUGGAAGAUGAGCUGUGGCAUGUGAACAAGAUCAACUCUUUUGGUCGUGGAAGCCACCGGGACUACAGGACGAUUUUGAACAAUUUGUUGGAGCUGGGCUAUCCGCGCAAUCCUGCCAUGAAGAACUUAGUCCCACCUGUGCUUGAACGAAUUCAAGAAGAGCUCUCGAUCUCUCAUCCAGUGAAAGAGACAGUGGUCAGCUUGACGCAGAAACAUGCCUUGGAGAUGGGCUAUGCUGUUGAGUUGUCUGGCGACCAAAAAGCCAUGACCGCAGAGUUUCUCGAGAUUCUUGCAUCUCCUGAAUUUCCAUCAGCCAUCUCCGACACCCUGUGGCUCUCUUCGGCCCGGCGGAUGAACGCCAAGCAACUGACGCUCAAAGAGGCGAUGUUCGGCGACGCCUGGCGCUUGGGCUUCGACUUUGGCUGGACGUUCCCCGAACAGGAGGAAGAGGAUGAUCCGACGCCCUUCUUCCUGGACGCGACUUGCGUGAUCUUCGAGGGCCAGGCCCUCCGGGAGCUGGUGGACUAUCGCGGGGCGCACGGCGUGCGAUGGGUCAUGAACGGCGUGUUGGACUAUAGAGGCUAUUGGGUUGGUCAGAUCCCAAUUGGCGAUGCCACUGGAGGCGCCGUGCAGCAUGCUGGAGGUGAUGUGAACUACACUGCUCGAGAAGGGAAGACUUCAAUGGAGGUGCAGUUCAACGAGUUGCCCCUGGGGGUGAGCGACGUGUUCUUGGUCCUCUCCAGCCCUUCCCUGCCGAUCUCGUCUUUCAGCGAUAUCACCAUGCAGGUGAAGGACGUGAGGCAUGAGGGGCACAAUGUCUCAGAUGUUUUCGAGCUGACGCCAUCAGUGGAGAAGGACACGGCGCUCAUCGCAUGCCGCUGCUCACGCUCCGUGGAGAAGACCCAGUGGGGCGAGGGCAUUUGGACAUUGGAGAUGAUCAGCUCGUCCAGUGGGGGUCAGGCGAUGGACUACCGUCCGGUGCUGCAAACACUCUAUGCCAUUCAAGCAGCCACGCGUGUGACCAGGCAAUUGCAGUGGCCCUACAAAGGAGGACGCAAUGCGUCCAACGGAGAGGAGAGUAAGACUCUGAAGUUGGGGCGCAAGAUGCCAUUGAGGAUGGAUGGCAUCGAAAGUGCUGAUGCUGUCAUGGUGAAAGGAGGCUCACCGCAGGCGUCCCCACGGGGUGGCAGCAUCCAGCUGCCGAGCAUCGCUUCAAAGACUCCUCGCUCUGGGAGCAGGAGGAGUAAGGAUUCAAGCAAUGAGGAGGGAACUCGAAGUCUUCCAUUGACGGCACGAGGUGUUGAUGCGGCGCGUACGAUGAGUUGAGGGCUGUUUUGGCCCUUCUUUUUGCACAACGGGCUGCCGGAGGCAUCCUUUGCACCACGGAUUCACGAAGGACGUGAAACCUUAGAGAUAGGAUGUGGUCUUUCUGAAAGACCCAAUGUGUGUAGUCUGUGCUGUUGAGGCUGCAGACGAUAGUGACAAGCGCGUUUGCAAGGAAAGGAAAGAAUAUGGAAGAGUCGAGCGAAGCUGGCAAACAUGUUCUGUCAUGCAUUCCUGAUUGCCGCGUAGUCCUAUGAUGGACUUUCAAGAUUUGAAGGUGUAGAACACCGCCAUCAAAAACUGGGUUGGCGAUUGUGUUUGCUUUCAACGCAUGGGCCAGUAGGUUAGGAACGUGG